AUGUCCAGCAAAGUCGAGCAAAUGGAGCGUGUCAUCAACGCCCUACGAUCGGGGAGCGAUCUCCAAGCUUCCACUUUACUUGCGCGACUCAGACUGGGAGAGCGUGUGGAUGAUGUAGCCAAUUCCCUUCCGACGAGCGCUUCUUCGAUGCCUGAGUCCGGCAGUGUGGCGAUUCAAGAAUCGACAUACACAUUGAACGAGACUGCCGGACGUUCACCUCUACGACAUGACUCCAGCGCAUCUCAUGCCUCGUCCAUAGGACAUAGGACAACUUGGACAACCCCAGGUUCAGCUACCACAUCUCUUCGAUCAACUGGCAAAGCGAAGCUGCCUGCAGCUCCGGGCCGUGAUGCGGUUGAAGACCAUGGAUUCCUGUCGCUGUUGUUCGACCGACACGACUACCUCCUCGCUAUCAGUGAGAGCGAGGAUGAGGGCGACUUUGAUACUGACUUCGACCAAAUCAUCGACCCAAAAUUGUGGAUUGGGGGUGGAUCAGGACAAGGUGGAUCACCUAUGGACCUCACUGCGAGUCGACUACCGUCACCAGACAAGUCUGAAACUGUACGAUCGAUCCACGUUACCCAUCUCCGAAGUCGACAGCCCAUUGUCAAAACAAUCAGGGUGCACCCCAAUCUAGACAUACAUAACAUGUUUGGCAACCUCCCAUUCUCCAGCAGCGUCCGAGCGAACAACCUUCCUGUCGAUGUCCAAGAGACAACAGUGCAAAACCUGUUCUUGCCCACCUGGGCAAUGAUGACUGUAAGCACCAGACCGGAUCCUGGGUCCGUGAAAUAUGCUUUCCCGGCCAUACUCCAGGAAGCCACUGUUCUGCUGGAGUCCGGUACUCCUGUGGACACUGUCAUCGAAAAACAUCCGAACAUCGCGGCUCUCUUUGAUGAGAGUGAGUUCAACAGGUCGGGAAUACUAUCAAGAUGGACGGCUGGAAUGGUUCACAGCGUGAUGCUGAAGGGGAACGACUUUACUUGCUUUGCAUACAUGUACCUCUUCUGGUAUCUGAUGCGUUGGAUGAUCUCUCCAUCGCCCGAGACGUACGAGCUGAUGCCAGAGUGGUUACGCCCGACACCGAACCAACUAUUCAUGCCGCAUAUCAACAUGCUCGACUAUGUCCCGUGGCCUGCCUUCCGCGAGCUCGCUGUCCAGAUACCAGCCAUGCAGGAACGCAUGGAAUGGCUAUUGGACAUGAGCGACACUCUACGCUGUGACUGGUCCUUUCCCGCGCAAGAGGCGCUUGGAAAAGUCGAUGAAACUGGAUUUGUGGACCUUUGUGAUUCUGCAAAGACAUCCCUGCGCGACCUAUCAAAUUGGUCGCUCGGGCCUUCCUUUAGAGGCUACGUAAGCAACGCAGACUCGUAUGUCCGCAUACGAGUGGAGGAAUUUUAG